AGCGCGCGCUGUGCACGAUGCAUUUUUCCCCACUGAAACAGGCACAGCCUCGAACCCGCUUAUCCCCGACGGCAAGCUGUACGUCGGAUCCGUGAAGACGAUCAUUGGCCAUCUUGAAGGUUGUGCGGGCAUUGCUGGAGUCCUCAAGGCUGUUCUCGCCAUCAAGAAUCGCACCGAGUUGCUGUGAACCCCAAUGUGUGUUACCGAAUCGGAAAAGACGAGACUCAAAUGGAGGCGGACGCGUUCGUUACCGCAGCGGACUCUACACUCCUUAAAGGAGAUAUCCAGCUUUACCAGUGCGAAUCUCAGCAUGCUACCCUCCAGGUCGAAGGGAUCUCCAUGAAAUCCAUGUCCGAACCUCAGCCGGAGAACGAUAGAUGCUUAUUCUCAGAGACCGUCUGGGGCCCUGAUGUCUCAUUGGGCGUCACUGAAGUGGCCAGCCGCGCAGCCAAGGACGACAUUCCCCUAGUAGAGGCUUUGGACCGAGUAUCCCUAUUCUACUGGCAGAAGCUUGUUGAAGAGGUCGGCGCGGAGAUAGCCCAGUUCCAGUGGUACCACCAACGAAUGUUGGACGCCGUCAAUUUCCAGGUCGCCUCCGUGCGCAGCGGACAACAUCCCACUGCGAAGUCAGCAUGGCUUGAGGAUGAUUGGAAUACCAUUCUUGCUGUAAGCGAGCCUUAUGCGUCUCGUGUGGAUAUGCGACUCAUCCACGCGGUUGGAGAGAAUCUGGCCGCCGUUGUGCGUGGUGACACACAGCUGCUGGAAGUCAUGGUCCAGGACGACAUGCUCAACCGCUUUUACAUGGAAGGAUAUGGCUUUUCAGUCAUCAAUAGUGCGGUCUCGGACGCUCUGGAGCAGAUCACGUUCAAGUAUCCUCACGCAAACAUCCUGGAAAUUGGCGCCGGCACUGGUGGAACGACCCGCAGUAUCCUUGACCGACUUGGCAGCCGCUAUGGAUCUUACACAUACACCGAUAUUUCCCCCGCCUUCUUCAAAGCCGCGGCUGAAAAGUUCGAGGACGCACGAGGGAAAAUACAGUUCAGGGUCUUGGAUGUGGAAAAGGAGGUGGGCGCUCAGGGCUUCAACGAGUGCAGUUACGACGUCAUCGUCGCCGCGAAUGUCCUCCAUGCCACGCGCAAGCUGGAAGAGACCAUGAACCAUGUUCGGGCUCUGCUCAAACCCGGCGGAUAUCUUUUUAUCAUGGGCGGCCUUCCAGGAUGGUGGUACGGUGUGGAUGACGGACGUGUCCUGUCGCCCGCCAUAUCGGUUGGGCAAUGGAACCAGCUACUUCUCGAUACUGGCUUCUCUGGCUUGGACUGUCUGAGGCCCGACAUGUUGGAUGAAGACAAGCACUCUUUCUCACUCAUGGUGAGCCAGGCCAUUGACGAGAAGAUGCAAAUGCUCAGGUAUCCGGCAUUGUCGACGAGCAUUGCCCCAGCAGGGGAUGUUCUGCUCAUCGGAGGCCGAACCAAUCCAACUGUGCAGAUAGCUCAGGAAAUUCAUCACUACCUCGCCACCUGGACGAGCCGUGUUCAGGUUUGGAAUAGUAUCCAAACCAAGCAGCUGGAUCAGCUGGCUCAAUUCGAAAACAUCAUUUGCCUCGAAGAACUGGAUCAGCCUUUGUUCUCCACGACCAUGACCGGCGAGAGGCUGCUGGCUCUGCAAAGGCUUUUGAGCGGGACGAGGAAUGUUGUCUGGGCCAUCAACAGCGCCAAUGGCGGGAACGCCCAUGUGAACAUGACUGUCGGUAUCGGGCGAGCAUUGAGAACAGAGGUCCCUGGUUUGAACCUCCUUUUCGUCGAUGUGGAUGCUAUUGAUAAUGCCCCUGCAUGUGCACAACAGCUCUCGCAGAUGUUACUGCAGCUGGUGAUUGGAUCUCUGUGCUCAGCUGAGAACAUGCUGUGGGCAGUGGAGCCGGAAAUUCGAGUCCAAGAAGGGCGACGCCUUAUUCCUCGGGUUCUUCCCAUAACAUCAAUGAACGAGACGUACAAUGCCAGUCGGCGAGUCAUUACCAAGUCCGUCGAUAUCGAGACCACGUGCGUGACUUUGGAAGACUCUGCAGGUUCACUGCGCCUGGUGCAGCGAGCAUCCAUGGUAGGCAGCCCCGUCCAGCGCGGCCAUGAUCGGCUCCGAGUUCAUUUCUCUCUCUCUCUCGGGGUCUCUGGGGGCUCUUCAUGCUACUUGUGUAGUGGUGUUCUGAGGGAGAGCGGACGCCCGGCCCUGGCACUCUCCACCUCGAACGCAAACUUUGUGGACGUCCCCAACGACAUGGUCUUGACCUUGGAUCAGGAUCAGCCUUGUGAUCCCGCGGUACUUGAAGCGACAGCCCGCCAUCUCCUGGCGAGAAACAUCUGCAGCCGCCUUCCGGCCUCGAAUGGAAUACUGGUCUAUCAACCCAGCCACGACUUUGCUCAAGCACUGCUGUCAACGGGACGCCAAUUUUCAAUCGCCGCUACCGACAGGGCCAGGUGCUUUAGGGACUGGAUCUACUUCCACCCUAGAGCCUCACGCCGCGCUAUUCGGUCUCAUCUACCGGAGAACUUGGACGCCCUCAUCGACUGUACUGGUGGAGUACCCGAAAAUCUCACAGCCUGUCUCCCGACACACUGCAAGAUAUUCAACACGACGCUCCAUCAGCUCGACGCCAGCCUCCUGGGUCCCGCAUAUUCUGCCGCUCUCACACAUGCCAGCUCCUCGCGUAAAGGACCGAGCACCCAAAUCAGAGACCUUCCCCUGGCCACGCCCCCCAAACUGCCGAUGGCCGAUUGGACAGGUGUCGAAUCUGUGGAAGUGACACUUCAGCCACUUAGCACCAGCGAGCUAUUUUCGCCAAACGCCACUUACCUCCUUUCUGGCAUGACAGGCGACCUUGGUCUUUCACUGUGCCGUUGGAUGAUUGACAAUGGCGCCCGAAAUAUUGCUCUGACGAGCGAAUUGUUGCAAGACAUGCGCUGUGGUGCUGCUGCCGAUAUCCGAGUCUUCCGGAACGACAUCACUGACCGAAAUGCUGUUUGUGGGCUGGUUGAAGAGAUCAGAAAGACAAUGCCGCGUAUUGCUGGUGUUUUCAAUGCAUGCAUGGUCCUCCGAGAUGGACUCUUCUCCGAAAUGGACGCUGACACCCUCAACGAUACUCUCGCGCCCAAGGUUGACGGGUCCAAGAUCCUAGAUGACAUCUUCCAGGAUGACUCUCUCGACUUUUUCGUCCUCUUCUCGUCCCUGGCGAGUAUCAUUGGGAAUGCUGGCCAAUCCAACUACCACGCUGCGAACAUGUUUCUCUCCGGCCUUGCCGCCAACCGUCGCAAGAAGGGUCUUGCAGCGUCCGUGUUGCACAUUGGUCUGGUCACCGAUGUGGGGUAUGUUGCUCGCAGGGGUCAAGCAAUGGAGGAACGGCUUCGUAGGCUGUUUUUCCUGCCAUUGUCGGAAUCGGACAUCCACCAUGCGAUGGCACAAACCAUUCUAGCCAGUGCACCUCAUAGCACGCGUCAGCACGAGAUUAUUUUGGGGUUAGAGCCUUUCGUUGAUUCACCCAACGCGACUAAACGGCCCCCCUGGGAACAUAAUCCAAAGUUCUCGCAUUACGUUUCCCGGCCAUUGCUGGACGCAACGCCGGCGGCAACGACAUCGGAAGCUAUAGCAGACGUGAAACAACUGUUGAGGUCGGCGGUCUCCACAGAGACAGUCGCCCCUAUUGUCCAAGAGGCAUUUGCAAGGAAACUUGAAUCGAUGAUGCAACUCCCUGCCAACAGUGUCAACCUGAAUGUUCCCCUGAUUGACUUGGGAUGCGACUCUUUGCUGGUCAUUGAAAUUAGACGUUGGUUCAUCAAAGAGGUUGGCAUUGACGUUCCUGUCCUCAAGGUGUUGUCCGGCGACACCACGGCUCAGAUCUGCGAGGAUGCGGUCUCGCAAUUUCUGGCUUUACAGCUGGAGAAGAAAGACGCACUGCCAUCCAACGCCACGGAAAAGCCGCCCAAGGCAGAGCCUCAAGGACCCAGUGAUGCUCUUGACAAAGUCAAUAGUGCCAAUGAGGACUCAGAAACAAGUAGCCAAGGCGAUGAUUCUUCGCGAGGAAAUUUCUCGUCGUCGAGCAGCCACACCAGUCCAAGUCUCCAAGCUACUACUCCUGGUGUCAAACCGAGUACCCCAGCGCCACUGGAUGAUGACGCGGGGCCUCUCAAUUGCGCACUUAAGCGAGCCAUAAUUCGCGCCGAACGUGCCUCCUUUGCCCAGUCAAGACUGUGGUUCUUGACGCAGUAUCUUCAUGAUCCAACAACGUACAAUGUCACCGUGCGUUACGAUUUUAGAGGGAAGCUUCCAGCUUCACGAAUCGUCAAUGCGCUGGACACAACCAUCCGCCAUCAUCAGUCUCUGCAAACGUGCUUUUUCAUAGACUCGGACAAGGAAACACUGAUGCAAGGAGUCCUGUCGCCGCCGUGCAGUUCCAUCAAAACUAUUCUUUCUGGAAACGAGCAGACCGUCAUAGAGGAAUACGAGCGUUUGCGUCGUCGAGUUUGGGAUCUCGAGAAGGCGGAAACCUUCGCGGUCACUGUCGUUUCUUUGUCGCCCGAACAGCAUACCAUUAUCUUCGGGUACCAUCAUAUCGUCAUGGACGGGGUGAGCUGGCACCUUUUCUUGCGAGACCUGGACCUCGCAUAUCGCCUUAGAUCGCUCCCUUCGAUUGAAACGGAAUACAUCGACUGGUCGGAGAAGCAAUUUCAGUCCGCUCAGCGAGGAGACUUCACCAGACAACUCGAUUACUGGCGGAAGCAGCACUCGCCUCCACCCUCCGUCAUGCCACUGCUGCCAAUGGCUCGGACGACUUCUCGCAAGCCGCUCACCACGUAUGACAGCCAUGUCGUCAGUGCCGAAAUUGAUCGGGAGCUCGUGUCGCACAUCAGGCACGUCAGCCAGUCCUUGCGCAUCACUUCCUUCCACUUCCAUCUAGCCGUGAUCCAAAGCAUCCUCUGCCGCUUGUUGAAGAUAGGGGAUCUUUGCAUUGGCGUGGCAGAUGCGAACCGAACUAGUGAAGCUCAUUCGGGGACUGUGGGAUUCUUCCUGAAUCUUCUUCCGGUCCGCUUCAGUACGAAGGAGCACAGCACAUUCCAGGAUCUGGUUUCCUCAACCAGGCGCACAAUUCUUGAAGCCCUGUCCAACUCGGAGACGCCGUUCGAUCUCAUUCUCGACGAUCCAAAAGUCGUGCGAAGUGCAGACCACAGCCCCUUGUUUCAGGUGGCUGUCAAUUAUCGCAUGGGCGCAAUGCUCCAGGUUCCCCUUGGGGACGGCACAAUGGAGAUGGCGUCUGCCGACGACGCAAAGAACCCGUACGACCUUAGUUUCGGGAUCACAGAGACUGCAACGGGGGCUUGCUUGCUGGAACUGACUAGCCAAAAACAGCUAUACACGGAGCGGUCUACGGAGCUCUUGCUACAGAUGUACGUGGACGUCCUUCGCGCCGCGUCCGACAAUCCUGCACUUCAUGUCAAUCAGCUACCAGUCACGUUGGAAUCGCCAAGCGGGAAAUCACUUGCCGUCGCCAAAGGCCCCAGAGUCGAGUAUUCCUGGCCGAACACACUAUGGGAGCAAUUCGACGCGAUCCAGAAGUCGUUCCCUGAGGAAACUGCCAUCAAGGACGGUAGUUCAGAUAUGAGCUACUCGCAGCUGGCCAGAAGGGUUGAGCAACUCGCCACGAUGCUAAUCAGCCAAGGUGUUGCCGCUGGAGAUAGCGUCGGCGUUCUCCUUCAUCCGUCAUCGACGCCAUUGCUUUUCGCCAAACUGGCCAAUGUCGACGAUACAUGCGGGACGGUUCCAGCGCAAGUAGCGGCAAUUGCGCCUCCAUCAAAUGCGGCGGCUUUCCUAUUCUACACGAGCGGCAGUACCGGGGCGCCCAAGUGCAUUCUGCUUACGCAGCAAACCUUUGUGAAUCAUCUGGCUGCCAAGACCGACAAACUGGCUCUCGGCAGGGAGGUUGUUUUACAACAGAGCUCAUUGGGAUUCGACAUGUCCGUCGUGCAGACUUUCUGCGCUUUGGGCAACGGUGGGACUUUGGUUAUCGCACCGAAGGAAGCGCGGGGAGACCCCGUUGCACUGUCUGCGCUUAUGGCAAAGGAACGAGUGACGCUAACGAUUGCCACGCCCUCGGAAUACUCCUUGUUGCUGCGCUUCGGUCUUGAGCACCUCCAGAAGCCCUACGCAUGGAGACAUGCCUGCAUGGGCGGCGAAGUCGUGUCGCGGCAGUUGGUUCAGCAGUUUUGCCAGCUGGAUCAUCCUGAUCUGCUGCUGACCAACUGCUAUGACCAGAGCACCACCGACGGAUCUCUGGUGGGAAAGCCCUUGCCCAACUACUCGGUCUGCAUCAUGGACGCUUCCGGAUCUCCGGCGCCCAUUGGUAUCGCCGGCGAGAUCUGCAUCGGAGGCGCCGGUGUUUCACUAGGCUAUUUAAAAUCUCAGGAGCAGACUGACGCGAAAUUCGUUCAGGACCCCUUCGCUAGCCAAGAGGACAUUGCCCGCGGUUGGACGAAGAUGUACAGAACUGGAGAUAUGGGGCGGCUCCUCGAGGAUGGCACUUUGGUUUUCAUGGGCCGCAUUGACGGCGAUAAUCAGGUCAAAUUGAACGGUGUGCGUAUUGAGCUCGAUGGAAUUGCCAACAGCAUUCUCGCCACUGGACACGAUCUGGUGUCCGAAGCCGUUGUCACCGUUCGUCCUGGCUCGGGUUCCGGUUCUCCAUUCCUCGUGGCUCAUGUCGUCCCUCUUGGAGAUCACGUUGACGACUCCAGACUUCAGCAACUCGCCAGAGACCUUCCACUGCCACCGUACAUGCUUCCGUCCGUGGUCAUUGCCCUGGACCGCCUGCCUACCAACGCCAACGGGAAGGUUGACAGAAAGGCCGUCAUGGCACUGCCUCUGCCAACCCGCCGCGCUCUCAGCGCGGCAGCUACCGGUACCGGUAACGCAGGACAUCUCAGCCUCGCAGAAGGCGAGCUACGCCUGUUGUGGGAGAAGGUCCUUCCUGUCUCCGGUGGCCCGUCACGACUAGAUGCCGAUUCCGAUUUCUUCAUGCGAGGAGGAACCUCCAUGCUGCUUGUCCGACUCCAGGGAGCUAUCAAGCAGUCGAUUGGAGUUUCGAUCCCCAUCGCGGAACUGUACCAGUUUCCGACUCUCGGUCAAAUGGCACGGCGGAUCAGUCGCCGUAAGGAAGAGCAUCAAGCCUCCCACACAUCCGUCAUCGACUGGGACACCGAGACCUCGUUGACCCAAGACCUCAUCUCUGCAGCAGCUCAAAGCCAAUACUCAACACGUCAAGCAAAAUACCAUGACCGUCAGGAGAUCUUGCUCACCGGUUCUACCACUUUCCUCGGCAAAACAAUCCUGCAGUCCCUCCUCCACAACCUGCGCGUUGAUCGAGUGCACUGCGUCGCCGUUCCUCCCGAGGAUGCCUCCUCCUCCCGUCGUCCGACAAGAUCAGCAUCUACGCCGGCAACCUCCUCACACCCAACCUGGGACGUCAUCAUCCACGCCGGUAGCACGGGGCACUGCCUGAACAACUACUCUUCCCUACGCACUGCGAACCUCGGCUCAACGAGGUUCAUGGCGGGCCUUGCUCUCUCUCACAGUAUCCCCAUUCAUUUCAUCUCCUCCAACCGCGUCACCUUGCUCACCGGCAACACCAGUCUCCCUCCGGUGUCAGUUUCAUCCUCCCCACCCAACCCGGAUGGCUCUGAGGGCUUCACUGCCAGCAAAUGGGCCUGUGAACGGCUCCUUGAAUCGGCCGCCGCACUCGAACCCGGACUCCCUGUUACCAUCCAUCGUCCGUGCGCGGUCAUCGGAGACGAGGCGCCCAACGAGGACGCCCUGAACGCUCUUCUGAAAUACUCCAAGCUCACGAGCUGUGUUCCUCGUUUCGAAAACUUCGAAGGCUAUCUUGAUUUCGAGGACGUGCACAGGGUAGCCGGGGCGAUCGCCGCGGACGCUCUGUCUACUGCUGAAGCAAGGGCCAGCAAGCCUGCCGCCGCACGAUUCGUGCACCACUCCAGCGGGCACAAAGUGGCAAUGAAGGACUUCAAGGGCCGAAUGGAGACAUUGUUCGCGUGUCCGUUUGAGGAGGUUUCUAUGGCUGAGUGGACUGGGCGCGCAUUGCAGGCUGGUAUCGAUCCACUGAUCACAGGGUACUUGGAGGCGAUGACGAUGAAGGGGGAGACGAUUCGGUUUCCUUAUAUGGGAGAGACGGGGUCGCUUUGA